GAAUACUUGGUGGGGAUAUUGGAAAGUUCCAGGUUUAUGUAAAUAUGCUUCAUAGAAUAAAGAGUUGCAGCUGCAGUUCAGUUUGUGCUUUCUUUUGAGAAACAAUGUGCAGCAUAAUAUGGAUUUUGAUUGGAAUUGUUUUAAUUUGUUCAUUUCCUUCACAAACACACAGCAGUAUUUAUGAUGAUAAAAUUAACUUACAAAUAAAAGAUAAUUUACAAAAUAUAGCAAAGAAGCAUUCAAAUGAUAUUAAAACUGUGAAAGUAUCAAAACUUAAAUAUAUAUUAAGAAAUACAACAAAUAAAUGUGGACUUGAAAAGACAUGCAGUAACGUAGAAAAAAAUCUUAAAAACAAUUCUGAUAAUUAUAAUAAUAAAAAAAUAAUAAUAAAUUUAGUUUCACCAUUAACAACAAGUAAAGAUUAUUAUACUUAUUUUAAUAGAAGGAAAAAAGAACUAAAACAUAAAAAUGUACAAGAAGAUAUGAAUCAACAUAAUAUACAAAAUUAUAAAUAUGAAAAACAGAACACAUCUAUAAAUCAUACAAAUCCUACAAUUGAAAGUAAUCAUCUAUCUUACAUACGCGACCACGCGCCAGACGCAACAAAGAAAGCUUCACAAAAUCAAAUUGGAUAUAAUAAAAACUACAAAAAAAAGUCUUCUACAAAUGUAUCGCAAAUUUCACCUGAUGGAGAUAGAGUAGAAUUUCAAAUACAGGGCCAUGAAGGUCCAAAAACAUACAUCUUUGGGUUUGAUACUGGAGUUGGAAAAAACAGACAAUACAGAUUAGAGGAACGUUUCAAUGAUGGUACAGUAAAAGGCCAUUAUGGUUAUUAUGAUGCUAGAGGAAAAUUACGAACUGUUAAAUAUAUUGCUAAACCUAUCGAAGGUUAUCAAGAGAAGCAUCAUGAAACAAAUAUUCAUGGAGUCGAAUAUUGAAUAUCACUUACUAACAACGUGAGGUUAAAACCUUU